UCUGAUGACUCAUGAUGCUACCUAGAGGUUAAAAGCUUGGAGCCUUUAGAGCUUCACAGAGGCAGCAGUGCAGCACAGCACAGCAAGGUUAGGUUGCCUUUGGGGAUAUCAGGUGGCACCACUCACAAGAGAGUCAAAUUGACUCAAUAAUCAAUCAAGAAAAGAAAAGACCCCAGAGGAUACGGUGUCCCAUCAAAGGUGUCUCACUCUUGAGUCUAGUCACUUUUUUACUCACCUGCUCUAUCGGCCAUGCCUGCGACGGCAACCUUCGCUUCAAGCUCGACUCGGAGUUCGAAUUCCCUUGCGCAAUUUAGAACAACGAGGAACAAGAUCCUUGUGAACGCCGUUUCAACUCAUAGAAGUUCAUCAAUGCCUCUCACAAAAAUCUUUCUCAGAAACCUAUAUGGGUACAACAGAAAUUCAAUCUCCACCACCAGUAUCGGACGCCUUUCCCCUGUCAUGCAAUGGCAGGAUUGCACGGCUACGAUGGAAAUUGAUAUCCCCUGUUCGGUUGCCUAUAAUUGUUACUCUGAUCGUGAAUCCAUUCCCCGUUGGAUGCCUUUCAUAUCAUCUGUAGAGAUCUUAGAGGAUAAGCCCGAUCUGUCACGCUGGUAUUUCAAACAUAAAGUAUUGGGUCAGGAUAUUGAAUUUUCUUGGCUUGCCCAAAAUCUCCAGCCUAUCCCUAAUCAGAAAAUCCACUGGCGAUCUCUAGAAGGUGUUCCCAACAGGGGAGCUGUCAGAUUUUACCCAAAAGGUCCUUCAUCAUGCAUUGUAGAACUUACUGUGUCAUACGAAGUCCUUCAAAUUUUGGUUCCAGUGGCAUCAGCACUGCAGCCAUUUACCAAAGGCUUGCUCUUGCGUGGUUUGGAGCGGUUUGCAAAGGUUGCUAAAAGCUAGUAAAGCUAACUUGACUUUACAAAGUUAUAAUGACACUAAACUGGGUACUUGAACCCCAGGGUAAACAAUUAUCAUUGCUUCGCCACUCAAACUUCCCCCCGCCCCCCGGUCAAAAUAGAAGUUAUUCUAUGGAUUGUACAUUGCAUAUUUUUUUAAUCGGGGAUACAGUUGUAUGAAUCUGACACUUUGUGACUUCAAUCUGCUAUUACAUUCCCCCCCCAAAACUGACCAUUAUAGACCAAUGAUUGAGACCACCUUUUGAUUGGUAUUC